AUGGACAUCACAAAACGUGUUUUUGUUGGAGGACUUUCCUCUACUAUUACAGAAGAUGAUUUAAAACCAAGAUUUAACCGUUUUGGUAACGUUACAAAAUUUACAAUUGUUGAAAAGCAGCUUCCUGUAGGAACGUCUCAGAAAUUUGCAUAUGUUACAUUUGAAACCAACGAAGAUAAUUGGAAGAAAUGCAAAACGUAUCUCUCUAAAGCUACCUUUAAGGGAAGCGUAUUGAGGAUUGAAGAAGCCAAGCCAUAUUUCAAGGAUAGAUUGAAUUUGGAAAAGAGCCUCGAGGAUGAAUCUAACGCUCAAGCUUCUACCUCUAAGCCGUCAGAAGCAGAACUCCCAAAUGACCCUGUUUUUCAUGGCGAAAUCAUCCUACCCGGUAAACAUGCUAAAGACAUGACCCCUGUAACUGAUGCAGACGUUAGGAAGGAUACGGCUCGUAAAGGAUGGAAGAAGGGACCUUACGGACGAGCAAUUGCUUUACUGAAAGUCUACAACAAGAAAAGUCGUAAAGUCAAGCUCUUCUAUCCUUUGGGUAGAAAUUGUUUACAGAAACUGUGGGGGAAAAUCGAUCCUAAUAUGGAUAAUGCUACAGCGGCUUAUGAUGCUGAUAACGACUGCUAUCUUACUUACUCAGGAAAAAAGAUCGCUCGUUCAUUCAUUGUACAGCAAGCGAAACACCAAACUUUAAAGACCAAACCUAUUGAUGAAAAUGACUUUGAAAACCUGCAAGGAGCUGGUGAAGUUCCAGAACAACAAGGCGUACUUACAGAUGAACAAUUAAACCAGCUUCGGGAAAAAGAGAAGGACACGGCGCAAUCUGUUUUGGCCGAACUGUUCGGUCAGGAGGCAUCAGCUGAAACAUUGAAAGAAGAAUCAGAAGCUACUAUCACCUUUGAAGAUGAUAACAAAGCUGAAGAACAAAAGACCGCUAAUAUUCCGUUGGAUGCUUCCCUUGAAGUUUCUGUUCCUCAAGAAUUUGAGGCCUCGGAAAAACAGGCAGCUGUCGUGAAUGUAGAUAAUCUGAAAGAAAUGUUUACAAACAAUGAGAAUGAAGCUGCUGGUUUUUCUUUGUUCGGUGGUGGUGAUGAAGACCUCAGUGAUGAAAACGAAGCAGAAUAUAUGGAAACGGAAGAAACUCAAGAACAGCCUUUCAUUCAAGUGGAAUCUACUUCCACUAAAGACGAAAAAGCGUGGCCUAUGCUUUUUCCUACCUCAUCAAAGUCUUUUUCGUAUUUUCGUCCAUGUGGUGAACAACUUGUACAAAGACAAGCUCUGGAAGCUUGGUGGGAUGAAAACCGAUUGUUUUUGACUAGGGACUACAAACGGAAACGCAAAGAUGCAGUAAAACGUCUUCGUCGAGCUCAGCAAAAGCAAAUCCGAGCAUAG